CGGAAGUUCCAAAGAAGGGAAAGGGAAGUAGUUUCACAACUAGCUCCUUGAUAUUUAAGAUUUCUUUACCUAACGGCUUUGUUUAACGACGUUACUCAACCGAAUAGUGGUCGAAUAGUGAAUAAACAUGCCAAAGAACAAAGGUAAAGGAGGUAAAAAUCGGCGACGUGGUAAGAACGAGAACGAAUCCGAGAAGAGAGAACUUGUUUUCAAAGAGGACGGUCAAGAAUAUGCUCAGGUGAUAAAGAUGCUUGGAAAUGGACGCCUAGAGGCCAUGUGUUUUGAUGGAGUGAAACGGCUCUGCCAUAUCAGAGGAAAGCUCCGGAAAAAGGUUUGGAUCAAUGCGUCUGACAUCAUCCUCGUUGGUCUUCGAGAUUACCAGGAUAACAAAGCAGAUGUCAUUUUGAAGUACAAUGCGGACGAAGCCCGCAGUCUCAAAGCAUACGGAGAGCUGCCAGAACAUGCUAAAAUCAAUGAAACUGACCAAUUUGGACCUGGAGACGAUGAUGAGAUUCAGUUUGAUGAUAUUGGAAGUGAUGAUGAGGACAUUGAUGAUAUCUAAAAGUCAGGACUGCUUGUGAGCUAUAUUGUUUACACCAAGAGGAGAAGAUAGUUUCCUUGUUGGGACAGCCUUCCGCUUGCGUCUUUCUGACCGCUUCCUUCUAACCCAUCACUACAUGGCUUAUCCAAGCAUACUGUCUGCCAAGCAUCUCAUUCACACAUAAACACACAUUAGACUGCAUAUUUUUGUUAUGGUUUUAAAGUAUUUAUAUUGUAUUCCACUUUGUGUGGUGGAAUUGAAACAUCAAAUAAAUCCAGAAUUUACAAUAAAAUACAAAACCUUUUGUCUGUUUGGACCGAACUUCCUUUCAUUAUGUCUAUUUGCAUUGUAUUUUAUGUUGUCACUGCCUAAAAUAAAAGUAAAUCAUUUUUUUUA